UUGAGGAUCUGGCAUUGUCAACUGCGGCAGCUCAGGUUGCUGCUGUGGUGAGGGUUCGAUCCCUGGCCUGGAACUUUCAAGGGUGAGGCCAAAAAAAAAUAGAAAAGGGACGUUUGGACACAGAUGCUCACAUAAGGAGAAGGCCAUGUGGAUUGAAGUUACACUGCCACAAGCCAAGAAACUCCCAGAAGCUAAGAGAGAGUCUUGGAACAGAUCCUUCCAUAGUACGCUCAGGGGGAGCACAGCCCUGUUGACACCCUGAUCUUGGAUCUAGCUUCUAGAACUGUGAGACAAUCAGUGGCUCUUGUUUAGGCUACUCAGUUUGCGGUACAUCGUUAAUGGCAGCCUUAGCAAAUGUUGUGAAUUUUCUUUAUGCCUGUAUUUAUCUUCCUCUUAUAAUUGGACAACUGCCUACUUUAUACUUUUGCCUGUAACACCCCAAAUACCUUAUGGAUCCAAAGGGUGGGCUUGCCUGGGGACACAUUUGCAUCGGGAUAUCUUCCCAGAAACCAGAAACUCGUCCAAACUCCACUCCUUAUUUCUCUGGUGCCACUUGCUCCUCCAUCUGUCUGUCUUGGUGAACAGGCACCCUCCGUCUCCCUGGUUGCAUGUGUCAGAAACCUGAGUGACAGCGUGAGACUCUGCCCCCCCCCCCAGCCCCCCGGUUAGGUGGGCCUCUAAUCCUAAAGCUUCCACCUCUCAUCUCUGGGGCCUUUCCUGCCCAUCCCAGCCCUCCACUCCCUCCCUUCCACAGGCCAUCAUUCUGAAAUCCAAACCUAAUCAAGCCACCUAUCUGCUUUAAAAUUCUUCAGAGGGGCCUCAUAGCUUCCAAGCAGAGGUCACAUUGCCAAGUUUAGCAGAUAAGAUCUCUCUGGUCUGAGUCCUUGCCACCCUGGACAGCCCCCUCUUCUCACCUUUGCACCUCUCCCUGCUUUGGGCAGCCCUGCAGAAGUUCAGCUCUUCCUCCUGCCUCUCUUCAUUCUACAUGAUGCCUGCUUUGUCUUCAAAACUCCAACGCAGCCUCCUCUAGGAAGCCUUCCUGGAUAUCCAGCAUGAUUCAGAACCUGCCUCUGAGUUCCACUAACCCUCUGGGCAUAGAUUCUAUCACAGCAAUUUCAUCACACACUGAAAUUGUCGGUUUCCACCCUCUUUGUCCCGCCCGCCCCCGCCUCCCACUAAGGCACUUAAGCGUAGAGACUUCAGGUUCUUUUUUCCCAACUUUCUUUUCUCAGUCCAGUGCCUGGCACAAAGGAGGCACUCAAAAGUUUCCAGGAGGAAGGAAGGGAAAGGGAAGGGGGAGGGAACACCCUACCCCAAUCUAUUUUACCGAAUAAAAUAUAAGACCUUGAGAGGCAGUAAUUUCUCCGUGAUUUCAUAGCUGAUUGUGUCCUCGUUGGCUCAUUGUCAGAAUUUACUUAAAGUAAACGCAGAGGUUUUUUUUUUUUCCUCUCUCACUUUCAAGAGUUGUGAUUGUUUUCACUAAUGAGCUCUUCUGUCCCGAGGCUGGCCCUUUGCAGCGCUCCCAGCCUCGUCCCACUGAAGUCACUCCCCCGAAAGGACAGACUUUGCCGCGUAUUUACAGGGGUGGGGGCGGCGGCGGAGGUGGGGGGGGACUGAUGCGUGUUGGAGAAGAGUUGGGAGGACCGCGCCCCCCUUUUUCUGCCCCUGGGGCUGCGAUUGGUCCUUCUCCGGGGACCGGCCGCUCCAGCCCGAAGUAGGGAGCAGGGAGAUCCGCCGGCCCCGGGCCCCGGGUGCGUGCGGUUAGCGCGUCCUUUGUGCGGGGAUUAGCCGCCGCGCCAGGGCCGGGAACGCGGGCGGGCGCCGCGCAGCGCGUAAUCCAGGAUUUGCCGCGGCCCCGCGGCGGAUGGAAAACAGAUGUGUCCGCCCCGGGCCUGAGCACGGGAUGGAAGUGACCGAUCCGAUCGCCUUCUGGAACCGAGGACACGGAGUUGAGGCCCUUCGGGAUCCAGCCGGGAGGCGGCUGGCCCUCGGUUCGUCCGCUUUGGCGGCUUCAGCCUAGAGCCCGGCUUCAGUCCCCGCGGGCCGUGCGCGCCUCUUCUGACGCCGUCGCGCACAGCACCGUGCAGGGUCAAAGACAGCCGGCCCCCCAUGUCAGUGGUCUAGGAUGGCCAGUGAAGCCACCAACAUCCCAAGUCCUGUGGUGCGCCAGAUUGACAAGCAGUUUCUGAUUUGCAGUAUAUGCCUGGAAAGAUACAAGAAUCCCAAGGUUCUCCCCUGUCUGCACACUUUCUGCGAGAGGUGCCUACAGAACUACAUCCCCGCCUACAGCUUAACCCUCUCCUGUCCGGUGUGCCGCCAGACCUCCAUCCUGCCCGAGAAGGGGGUGGCCGCGCUCCAGAACAACUUCUUCAUCACGAACCUGAUGGAUGUGCUUCAGCGAACUCCUGGCAGCAACGCCGAGGAGUCCUCUAUUCUGGAGACAGUCACCGCUGUGGCUGCAGGAAAGCCUCUGUCUUGCCCAAACCACGAUGGGAAUGUGAUGGACUUUUACUGCCAGUCCUGUGAGACUGCCAUGUGCCAGGAGUGCACGGAAGGGGAGCACGCAGAACACCCCACAGUCCCCCUCAAGGACGUGGUGGAGCAGCACAAGGCCUCCCUCCAGGUCCAGCUGGACGCUGUCAACAAAAGGCUCCCAGAAAUAGACUCUGCUCUUCAGUUCAUCUCAGAAAUCAUCCAUCAGUUAACCAACCAAAAGGCCAGCAUUGUGGAUGACAUCCAUUCCACCUUUGAUGAGCUCCAGAAGACUCUGAACGUGCGCAAAAGUGUGCUGCUUAUGGAGCUGGAAGUCAACUAUGGCCUCAAACACAAAGUCCUGCAGUCGCAGCUGGACACGCUGCUCGAGGGGCAGGAGAGCAUCAAGAGCUGCAGCACCUUCACCGCGCAGGCCCUCAACCACGGCACAGAGACUGAAGUGCUGCUCGUGAAGAAGCAGAUGAGCGAGAAGCUGAAUGAACUGGCGGACCAGGACUUCCCGCUGCACCCGCGAGAAAACGACCAGCUGGACUUCAUCGUGGAGACCGAGGGGCUCAAGAAGUCCAUCCAUAACCUGGGGACGAUCUUAACCACCAACGCCGUCGCCUCCGAGACGGUGGCCACGGGCGAGGGGCUGCGGCAGACCAUCAUCGGGCAGCCCAUGUCCGUCACCAUAACAACCAAGGACAAAGACGGGGAGCUGUGUAAAACGGGCAACGCCUACCUCACGGCGGAGCUGAGCACGCCCGACGGCAGCGUGGCCGACGGGGAGAUCCUGGACAACAAGAACGGCACGUACGAGUUCCUGUACACCGUGCAGAAGGAGGGCGACUUCACCCUGUCGCUGCGGCUCUACGACCAGCACAUCCGCGGCAGCCCGUUCAAGCUCAAGGUCAUCCGGUCGGCUGACGUGUCCCCCACCACGGAGGGCGUGAAGAGGCGCGUCAAGUCCCCGGGGAGCGGCCACGUGAAGCAGAAGGCGGUGAAGAGACCCGCCAGCAUGUACAGCACCGGCAAACGAAAAGAGAAUCCCAUCGAAGACGAUCUGAUCUUCCGAGUGGGUACUAAAGGAAGAAAUAAAGGAGAAUUUACAAAUCUUCAAGGGGUAGCUGCAUCUACAAGUGGAAAGAUAUUAAUUGCAGACAGUAACAACCAAUGUGUUCAGAUAUUUUCCAACGAUGGGCAGUUCAAAAGUCGCUUUGGCAUCCGGGGCCGCUCCCCCGGGCAGCUGCAGCGGCCCACGGGCGUUGCAGUACAUCCCAGUGGGGACAUAAUCAUUGCAGACUAUGAUAACAAAUGGGUUAGCAUCUUCUCUUCAGAUGGGAAGUUCAAGACAAAAAUUGGAUCAGGAAAGUUGAUGGGGCCCAAAGGCGUUUCUGUGGACCGCAACGGGCAUAUCAUCGUGGUGGAUAACAAGGCGUGCUGUGUGUUCAUCUUCCAGCCCAACGGGAAAAUAGUCACCAGGUUUGGUAGCCGAGGAAAUGGGGACAGGCAGUUUGCAGGUACACUCGAUGGUCCCCAUUUUGCAGCUGUAAAUAGCAAUAAUGAAAUUAUUGUUACAGAUUUCCAUAAUCAUUCUGUCAAGGUGUUUAAUCAGGAAGGAGAAUUCAUGUUGAAGUUUGGCUCGAAUGGAGAAGGAAAUGGGCAGUUUAAUGCCCCCACGGGGGUAGCGGUGGAUUCAAAUGGAAACAUCAUCGUAGCUGACUGGGGCAACAGCAGGAUCCAGGUUUUUGAUGGAAGCGGAUCGUUUUUGUCCUACAUUAACACCUCUGCUGACCCACUCUACGGCCCCCAAGGCCUGGCUCUCACUUCAGACGGCCACGUGGUGGUUGCAGACUCUGGAAACCACUGUUUCAAGGUCUAUCGGUACCUUCAGUAACAGUGGGCAGCUGGACACCCCCUUACAAAGUUCUUACCCUAGAAACUGGAAUGGAUUUCUCGACGCAGGACCAGAUGAUACUAGACUUUACGUACUGGAAGGAAUCAUCGUGAACUUUCCAAGGUCAUUUCUGAAUGUAACGAUUUCCUUAAAAAAACUGCAUAUCUGAUUUCUGUAAUCCACACUUAGGGUUGAAGAAAAAGAAAUCUCUUCUACUGAAUCUGUAAAAAAACAAAACAAAAAACUGCAAAGUUUUACUCCUGUGGACUAUGGCUUAUAGGACAGGGAUUUACGUAGUAAAACUAAUUUUGCAAGUCAAACAGGCAUUAAAAAAGCAACUAGAAUAUUUAAAGGUAUGUGUUAAUCCUGUGAGUGGUAGCUUUUGCGCAGAGCUUCCAAAAACAAGAUCGGUUAUAGUUAUAUAUUUUAUUUAACCUUGGUCACAAGACCCAGGGGAUCUUCUAACCUCACUUUUACAGUAGGUGUACCCUUGUGACAUUUUGGGGGGGGGUUUACCAAUCACUGCACAUAAAUUACUUUAGGAAAAAUAACUUUGUCUUGCAAAAUCCUCCCAUCUGGGAUUAGCAAGGCUCUUCCGUUUCGCACCUGAAAGUCAAUGCAAAUUCCCCAUCCUUUUUGAGUUGGAUCAGAGAUCUUCGUGUGUUUUUUUCACCUCUCCCCUGCUCACUUGGUAUCAAGAAAACAAAGUACAUUUUCAGGGAAACCUGAAAUCCCUAAUACUUUGAAAAGCGUAUUACAAUGGCGAUGCUACCUUCUGGUAAACCAUCAGCCCCGUGAACUCCAGAUUAACGCACUGGAAUGUCAUCAAGGAAAAGUCAGUCGCGUUGUCUGUGCCAUGUUCUCACCUGUGUCUCUCCUCUUCCACUUCAUGAAUGCAAAAGCUUUACCUCCUGCAAAACGUCAGCACGUGCAGUAGGACACCAGUAUCCUAGGACAGAGAGCCAUAAGCAGCCCUUUGGAGAACUGAUGGUGUCAACCAAAGACAUGUGAUUGCUUAACGGUUUCCCCUUAGAAAGCAAGUGUUACCAAAGUUGUGUUAUCUCGAAAGCAUUACAGGUAAGGGCAUGUUAUGGUUAUUUAUCGUCUAAUGACUAGUAGAGGCAUUAAAGGACUAUGUAUACAUGAUUAGGGUAAGGUAGAAUGUAUCAUAUAUAUAUAUAUAUCGUUGAAUCUUCGGUGUUUUAAAAUAGGCAGCACUCUGAAAGACAGAAGCAUCUUCAGCACAUUCCUUUACUGCACAGUUUAAAGCCGUCCGAGUAGAGCAAAGCCCUAAAGCAGAUUUAAUUUUUGCCAUUUUCCAGGAAUGCUGGUAUCAGCUGACUUUUUGUCAGAAAAUGGCCUUCUGUGCUUUCAAAAAUAAAACAGAACAAAAAACAGGUCGAAAGAAAAGUUGAACUUGUUGCCUUUUGUUGUUGUUGUUGUUAGGGCUGCACCUGUGGCAUAUGGAGGUUCCCAGGCUAGGGGUUGAAUCAGAGUUGCAGCAGCCGGCCUGCACCACAGCCACAGCAACACUGGAUCCAAGCCACAUUUGCAGCCUACACCACAGCCACAGCAAUGCUGCAUCCUUAAUCCACCGAGCUAGGUCAGGGAUCGAACCCACAUUCUUGUGGAUACUAAGUCGGACUCUUACACAACAGGAACUCCGAACUUGAGUUACACUUAAUUUAAAGUAAGUAUAGGAGUUUCCUUGGGGUACAGCAGGUUAAGGAUCUGGCAUUGUCACUGCUGUGGCACGGGUUCAAUCCUUGGCCCAGAAAUUCCAUGUGCCCUGGGUGUGGCCCCCCCAAUUUUUUUAAAUAAAAAAUAAACUAAGUAUAAAUGCGUUUUGAAAAAUGUUAAGAAUCAUUUAGUCAAUCGUUACUCUGUCACUGAUGCUAUAAAAUAAGACGUGGCCUAUUUCCACUGUUUAACUUUCUACUCAGUUCUACCAAAUAGGAUGUCAUGUUUGACAUUUUCGGUAAUGACUUUGGGACCUUUUUCACUGAAAGCACCUUAGCACUGUACUUACUAUAAGACAACAUUUCCCACAUGUAUAACUAUGUGAAUGUGAUGCUUAUUGCUGAUUAAUUUCUAAUUCCGCCAUUCUCUUAUAGAGGACUUUUUUAAAUCGAGAAGGGAAAUCUAGCUACUUUCAAUUAUCUAUCAAAUUUAUUAUGCCCAAAUCAACCUCUUAAAAACAUUUUCUUCAGCCAGAUUUACAUUUAGGUUUCAUAUUUUCUUAGGUAGAGUUUUCAAAAUAUUUGAGUCUGUGACAAAGUUGUAAAAUUCAAGAACAUUUUUAGAACGUUAAACUAAGACAUCGUAUUCUAAAGUCAGGGACCUAAGCCUUUGAAUUUAAACAUUCUUAUUUAAUGAGUGCUUGUUGGGUGCCAGGCCCUGUUCUAGACACUAGAGAUACAGUGAUGGAUAAAACAGACAAAAUUCCCUGCCCCCUUGGAGCUUACAUUCUAGAGAGGGAAUCCCAUUUUACUGUUUACUAACAUUCUCCGUAAAAGAUAAGCUAGACGCUUGAUAGCUCCUAAAAUGUCUAAAAGUAAACUUUUAAAAUCGGUAAAAUUCAUUUUAGUUUAUUUUUUCACAAGUGAAAAUGGUUUCCUAUUUUAGAUUGUGUCCUAGGCCAUUGAUCUUAAGACUAGCUUACUUAAAAGGGUUUUAUUGUGGUUUUUGGCACAUUUAAAUUAUACUUGUGAAUUUGGAAAUUAACCAGCUAUCCAAACAUAUCAGACUGGCUAUCUCAAUAGUAGAUGGAAUACAGAGCUAAUUUUUUUCCAUGCCAGUAUUGGAGUGAAACUGAAAUGAAAGAAAGAGAUAUUAUAAUUCAGACCUGUUCCACUGUCUGUUCCUAAAACACAUGGGCACUCCAGGAAACACCAUAUUUUCGCCAAAAUAUGGUUAAUCUUAAAAUAUAGAUAAGAUUUCAAAAUUGGAUACAUAUGUGCAUUUACUGUAUUUCCCAGUAAGCAUAUCUUAGGGGAGAAAAGUGCUGCUGCUAAGACACGAAUAGACAAGAUUUCAAUGAAGUUUUGUCACAUUCUAUGGAAAAUGGUUUCUAGUAAACUGAGAAGGAUAUUCAAAUAAGUGAGGCUUCCCCCCCCCCCCGCCGGGCUACCAUUAUUGUUUGAUUUCUCUUUGUCAAGUGUACAGAUCCUGUCAUACAUUCAUGAUAAGUAGCACUGAAAAGAGACCCAUUCAGAUUUCCCCUGGGCACUUAUGGCAGAACGUUGCCAGUUGGAAUGUAAAGGUCGGUGACAGUGCACUCCCUCCCCCGUAACAGAUGUCCGUACCUGCCUCUCCCAGACAGACCUCCCCUGCUGGACACGGGAGGUGGGUGGAGAGUCACUUGACCGUCUAGAAAUGAGUGAAUAAAAAGCCUUUAUGACUAUUAACCAUUUUUUGGGGGAAAAAAUGGUUCUUGGUAUUUUGUUCAAACUUUAGCCUUCAGCAACUAAAGUCUCCACAUUUCCUUAUUUUAAUUUCCUCUUUGACUAGAUUUGAGGCAAGUAAGUACUAAGACGUCCAUGCAACUAGAACACACUUGCUUCUGCAAUUAAGUAUACAGGGUAUGUUCUAAUGGAGUGAACUGGAAUAGCAGUACACUAGCAAGUGUCUGUGGAGCCUUAACAUGGAAGGAUUCACAUAAAUGCUUUGGUAAUACCUAUCGAGUUCAUUGGAAGACAUAGCAGAUAAAUGUCAGGUAAUCUGGAGAUGACUUCAGAUGGGAAAAACCUUUCUGGACAUUGGGACUCUUAAUAUCCUCCCUUCACCAGCUUCUGAAAAAGGAGGGCUAUUUUUAGUUUAAUCAUUGAAAAGUAAGACCUUUCCAGGUAGGAUAAAAUCAAAGCUAUUUGCUGCAAACAUUGUCUCAUUUUGCUUAAAAUCAAAAAUCGUGAUACUGUUGCAUUCUGUAAAUGUCGCAGGGUUUUAAACUUACAGUUAUUUUAAUAUUUUUGAUAACUAGGAAUCUAGCAUUGCCAUAAAGGAAACUAAGUGCCCAAUAAAGAUGUGUUUGGUAUAAAUAAAUAAUUUUUUUGGUUUUGUUUUAAAUGACAGUAAGCUACAAAUCAUGGUGUUAAUCUUAAAUUUUCUGAAGAUGAAUUGUGUGGCAGUGAUUGUGUGGUCUGUUUGUGGAGAACGUAUGAAAGCUAUUCCUGUUUGAAAAUAGGUGAAUAAAUUGGCUAUGUUGUUCCAAUGAAUGUACAGCACGUCCAUUAACUUUUGAAAGCAACACAGCCUUAAACUCAAUGUCUUUGCUUUAUGACACGGGAAUGUUCUGUCAUCAACAGAGUGUAUGCUUAGAAUUCUUUAUAUCAUUCUCAAUUCUAUAGCCUUUCAAUCCUAUGUAAUGAGGAUGAGGGAUUUUUGCUUCUUCUUUUUUUUAAUUUUGUACAUUCCAUCUUUAUAGGUCUGUUUCAUACGUUUUGUGUAGAGAACACUAAGUCUUGCUCUCUCUGACACUGACACGGAUAGAUUCUCACCAUUUGUUCUUUUAUGAAUCAAAAUGCUGACUGCCUAUUUAAAGAAAAGAAUGAACGCUGUGCAUCAAAGUGUUUGUAUGUUCGUAGCUACAUACGUACCACAGUAUUUUGGAUGCUUUAGUCUACAAUAAAUCUUUAAAUUAAUUGUCUUGAAACAUAGGAGAAACAAGAUUUAUGUGUAUAUCUUGACCAUGCACAAAAUCUCAAAUCAUUAUAAUAAAGCUUGUUUUCUCCAUU